AUGUCGCCGUUGUUGAAGGAUUUCCUCAACAAGCGCAUUGUGGUUGUCACGACCGAUGGCCAGUGCGUUAAAGCGAUGCUAGAAGGGUUUGACAAAAGCACAAACCUUCUGCUCUCAGACGUGCGAGACCGGGUUUCUGGAGACGUAGUAGCUAGCUCUUACCUCGUGCGAGGGAACCAAGUAGUUUGUUGCGGUCUGCUAGAAGAGGAGUCUUCUCCUCAGCCUGAUUUCGGCGCCGAAUCCGUCAGCGCCCAACUCAAGGACACCAAGAAUAUAGUACCUGACGAACACCUGAUCUGGCAGCGUGUCUGGGGAAUGAAAGCCGGUAAAUAG